AUUCGACAUAAUUUAUUUUUAAAGAAAAAAAAUCUUGAUCUUGUUUGUAUUUUCACUAGGAAUUAUUCUUUCGUGCUUUUUGAACCAUCGUUUGUAUUCGCAGAAUGCGAAUUAACUCGGAACAGCGCGGACAAGAAAAAAGUUGAAAUGGAGAAUUAUGAAAAGAUUCGCGUAGUUGGAAGAGGAGGCUAUGGGACCGUGUACCUGUGCCAUCGACUCUCUGACUGCAAACCGGUGGUACUGAAGGAAAUCGUAGUGGACCAGAUGUCUGUGGAGGAGAGACAGGUAUCUAUGAACGAAGCCAAGGUUCUGGCCAUGUUGGACCAUCCCCAUAUUGUCCCCUACUAUGAGAGCUUUUUGGAGGACAAAAUGAUGAAAAUUGUCAUGGAAUAUGUGCCAGGUGGCACAUUGUUUGAAUAUUUGCGUCAACGAAAUGGCGAGCUGCUUGUUGAAAAGGAAGUGCUGCAUUAUUUUGGGCAGUUGGUCUACACCCUGCAGCAUCUUCACAGCAAGCUCAUUUUGCACAGAGAUCUCAAGUCCCAGAACAUUUUGCUCACCCAAAACAAGAAGAUUCUGAAGAUUGGAGAUUUUGGGAUCUCGAAAGUAUUGAGCAGCAAGAGUAAAGCUUCAACAGUGGUAGGAACUCCUUGCUAUUAUUCUCCUGAACUCUGUGAAGGCAAACCAUAUAACCAGAAGAGUGACAUCUGGGCCCUUGGCUGCAUUCUGUAUGAGCUGAUGACUCUGAAGAGACCCUUUGAAGCUGGUGCCCUGUCAGCCAUGAUUUUAAAGAUAAUCAAGGGUUCUUAUGAACCGGUCUCAGACAUCUACAGCCCAAAACUGAAGAAGCUGUUGGCAAGACUGCUGCAUCUGGACCCGAGGCGGAGACCCACUGCCGCACAGAUCAUGUGUGAGCCGGUCAUGAUAAACACAAUAUUCCAGUUGCGCUUCAGUAUUGGCUCCAUACCAUGCACCAGAAAUCAUAAAUUUAGAACAAAAUUUGUUAAAACUGCAGAGGCUUGUACCUCAAUGUCACCAGCUGCUGCCAAAGCAUCUUCAGCAAGUUCAAGCUCACAUGAUCAAGACUCAUCCUCUGAGGAGGGCUGCAACGAGAUUGAUUGUUCCAGAGCCAAAGAAAAUAUCUGGUUGUUUACGAGUGAGACAUCCGAAGCUUUUCUUCUGCCAUCCAAUCCCAAACAUAAGACCAAAAUGAUUUCUUUGGGGUCGAGUCACAAAUUGGGGAUUACCGAAACUGGAACCCUGAUAACUUGGGAAAAUACAGCUGUCUCAAGUGUGGUUGAAGAUGCUACUGUUCAAAAAAAGUGCAUCAAUUUGCCUUCAUUUGCAGUAUCUCUUGCAAACAAAUUCUCUGAAAUUAUUACUUCAGUGUCAUGUGGUGAUGACUUUGCUAUAUGUUUGUCUGGACAUGGUGUCUUGUUCUCCUUUGGAAAAGCAUCUUCUGGUUGUCUUGGUUAUUUAUCAAAGAAUGAUGUAUCCAAGCCCAGAGUGAUUGGAGAAAUGUUCAGCCGCAAUGUAAAGUCUGUGUGUUGCGGCUCAAGGCAUGCGUUAGCUCUGACUGACGAAAAUGAAGUUUUUUCCUGGGGACAUGGAAAUCAUGGAUGCUUGGGACAGAACAAAGUCAAGUUCCAAGCCCUGCCACGGUUGGUGAAACUCCCAUCCAAGCUGGUUCCCAAUCAAGUGUUCUGCGGGAAGGACUGCUCCUUCAUAGUCACCAAGGAAAUGUCUGUCCUAGCCUGCGGUAACAACAGGCACAACAAGCUUGCCAUGGACGCUGGUGAAGGAGAUCAACAGAAAGAUGAGAUAUGGCUCUUUACACCCCUCCAAUCCUCCCCCCUGAGAGACGAGAAGUUUAUGACUGUCUGUGGAGGAAGGGCACACACUGCGUUCUUGUGCGAUGAUGGUAAGGUGUACACUGUGGGAUCGAAUUGCCAGUUGCAGCUGGGAUGGGGAACUCUCCACAUAGAUUACAGCAUGCCCAGGAUAGUGGAGUCCCUGAAAGGAUUCCAAGUCACAGAUAUCAGCUGUGGGGAUUACUUCACUCUAGCUUUGACCAAAGAUAAAUCCUUAUACUGCUGGGGCCAAUGUCCUAAAUCGCUGAUAGGGGCGGAGGAUGCUAGAGAUUACUGCAUACCUCGAGUCCCCUCGUGCUUGCAUGGAAAAGUUCUUUCUGCCAUCGCUUGUGACAGCGAAAGCUGCGUCAUCUUGGAGGAUGGUACCUCUGAAAAUUGAACUUUUUUUCGUUCGGCAUUGAAAUUGAGAGUAAUAAUUCUAUUUCAUCUGUUUUUGUCAAAAUUUUCAUCUCAUGAACAUUAAUAAAAUAAAGUG